UUCUGCAUCCUCUUCCCCCAACCCUUGGGUACCAGUUGGCCCUCCCAGGCCCCAGUGGGGGAAGAGAUGGAGCUGGGUCACUAGCGCCCGGCCCCUUAAAAACGCUGCUGGCUGGAGCCGCCUCCCUCCCUGCAACCCGCGGCAGGGAUGGAGUAGAGAGGACGGUGGACCUGCCCGCAGGAUCCACGAUGGAGUUAAAGCAAUCCUUGUCUACCCAUCUAGAAGCGGAGAAGCCUCUGCGGCGCUAUGGGGCGGUGGAGGAGACAGCGUGGAAAGCGGAGGGACUGAGGAGAAGUCAGCUGGACAUCAUCUCCAUGGCAGAGACAACCAUGAUGCCCGAAGAGAUUGAGCUGGAGAUGGCGAAAAUUCAGCGUCUGCGGGAAGUCCUGGUCCGCCGAGAAUCUGAGCUUAGAUUUAUGAUGGAUGACAUCCAACUCUGCAAUGCCAUCAUGGAUCUGAAGCAAGAGCUGCAGAACUUGGUCGCCAUCCCAGAAAAAGAAAAAACCAAACUGCAGAAGCAGAGAGAGGAUGAGCUAAUCCAGAAGAUCCACAAGCUGGUGCAAAAGAGGGACUUCCUGGUGGAUGACGCAGAGGUGGAGCGGUUAAGGGAGCAAGAAGAAGACAAAGAAAUGGCUGAUUUCCUGAGACUCAAGUUAAAACCUCUAGACAAAGUAGCCAAGUCUCCAGCUAGCUCUCGAGCAGAGAAGAAAGCGGAGCCCCCACCAAGCAAGCCUACCGUGGCCAAGACGGGGCUGGCACUCAUCAAGGAUUGCUGUGGGGCCACCCAAUGCAAUAUUAUGUAGCUCCCCCAUGUGGGGUGCCUCCAGUGCCAUGGGAACCACACCUGUUGUCUUCAUAGCCCCCUUUUCACCGGGGCCCAAGAUUUCUCCAAAGUGAAAGGGGUUGAAGGCAAGCCUGUGACUGCCACCAGGGGCCAUGUGCACUGCAGGUGGGGCCUGGCCAGUCCUGUAUAGAGUGUAGCAAUAGGAAGUACCCCCCCCCCAACUGUCGCAUGGCCCUCCCCAGAGCAUGCCAAAUCCAGGAAACUUGUCUCACUGUUUCUCCAACCACCAGGAAAGGUCCUUCCUCCAAAAGAAAAAAGCCUAUCUUCACUUCUCUCUAGCUGUAUCUCACCCACUGUGCAAAUGAACUGGGAGAGGGGCAUGCUCCCCAGCUGUGUGUAGUUGUGACUUUUCAACAUGUUGGGCCCAUCCCUACCUCCCCCAACCCCACCUCCUAACUCUGCUGUCAUGCCUUAGCCCCUGUCUGUAUCCUUUCCCUGAGGUUGUACCCCACAUGUCUCGAAGAUAGAGAGAACUUAUCCAUAAACACAAAAUUUGUGUGCAGUGUUGUGGUCACGCCUCCCACUUCCAUCCCUCCUGUGUCUGAGGGGUUUAAGGUCAGGAGCCUGUCUCUCCACUAUGGGCUCUUCUUCCCUUGCAAUAUUUGCCCCUGGGGUGUAAGGCAGAGGGGGGGCUGAGGGAGCCUGGACUGGAGCAACACCAAGUGCUCAGAAGAGGGAGUGGAAAGGUGGAGGCUUUAAUAGCAAAGGGAAAGGAAUGGGGCCCAGAGCAGGUGCCAGCAGGACACCACUCACCAGCCUAACACAGACCUCUGCAGACCACAGCCAGCAGCUGCGGGAGAGACGGCUUGACACAACCAAGUCCCAUCCAUCCAUCACUGGGGGUGUAUUUUAACCAGCUUUCCAAUUCAUCUGUAUAACCUGAUGCACAUUUGCUCCAGCCAGCUGGGUCCAGCCUGUGUGACCUCUCUCUGUAUGUGUGUUGUGACCGGUUGCAAUAGCUAGCCCCACUCAAGAUUCGCUGAUGUUUCCAUGCAAACGGAGACCACACAAUAUUGAAAAAGGUUUUACUUUUUUUUCCCCUCUUGACCAUGGGUGUAAUCUAUGUAUCUAGUAAGUUGUAAAAAAAAUAUAUAGUAAUUAUAAAAGUUUCUUUGGUGGUUUUUGUGUGUGUGUGUGUCUGUGUGUCUGUGUGUGCGUGCGCGUGUGUGGUUGUUUUAACUCCCAGAAUUCCUCUAAGAGACUAUGCUGAUCUUUUUAAUGCAUUUUUUUCAUGAUUGGCAUUCUGUUGUACAGUUUGUUUUUUCCACUUAGAAUUCAAUCACUACCUUUCUCCUGUGUCAUUAAAGGCUGUCAUUAACAUAACAUUAAACACUCUCCAUAACUAUUUACAAUAAGCUCUGUAACCCAUAUUGUAAAUGUCUAGGUUGCUUCUAGUUUUCUAGUCUUAUAAAUAAUGUCUUGGUAAGCAUCCUGGGGAAUAAAGCUCCUUCUCAAUUUCUGA